GCACGGAGUACAUACGACGAAUCCCGAAUCGUGUCCGAAGUCUCAUCCUAAAUUCAGAGUCAGACUGUUUUCGUGUAUCGUAAAAUUCUAACGCGAAGUCAUUUGCAAACCAUUAGCCAAUUGUUUAUUUACAAUAAUGUAGACUAUUUAAAAUAAUAAAUUAAGAGAUACUUACUGAAUGUGGUCUAAGUAACAUAGUAUGUGUUAAUUGUAAUUACUUAAUGCGCAGUGAUAAUUGAAGUAUAAAUAUACUUUUGUUAUCUAUAAAAUACGUACAGAAAGUUCAAAGUGAAGUCAGUAGUGCUCCUUCAAACGUGUUGAUGUAGUACACAAAUAAGCGUAGGAUUUUUUUUAUUAUGUAUAUGGAUAUAUGACUAUUGCUCGGUGAUCAAAAUAAAUUUGAAUAUUGUCUGUGAAAUGGCAACGUUACCAAGAAUGCAUAGUUCCAAACAUGGGAAUAGUAUAUCAGCUCCGUUUAGCACGAGCCCUAGAAAACUUCAGGAAAUGACGCUCCCUACUCCUGACGGACAUGAUGUUACAUCUACAAGCGGUGUAAGUAUGAAGCAAUAUGAAGAACAACUCAAUGGAUUAAGAAAAGAAAAUUUCCAUUUAAAAUUAAGGAUAUAUUUCCUUGAAGAAAAACUAGGUAGCGGGUCCCCACCAGCUGUACAAGGUCUAUUGGAACAUAAUGUAAGACUACAGGUAGAAGUAGAGGAACUCAGAAGACAGCUUUCUGAUAAACAAGAGCUUCUUGCUGCAGCCGCAGAAGCAAUUGAUGUCUUAGAACAACAGGGUUCCAUUUCAAACGAUAGUGUGGAAGUAUCAAUAAACAAUAACGACGUCUCAACAAAAAACGAUAUAAAUUUACCAGAACAGACACCUGAAGAAAAGGUUUCGGUAGUUGACGACACAUGCGCCGAUUCAGAAUCUGCUGGUGAUUAUCUUGCGGUAACUGUAAAUAAUGAAGAUAUGGAUGAACUUGUUAAAUUGCGACGAGAAAAUUUCAAAGCUCUUCAAAUGAUAAAAGGCUGCAUGAAAAAAAUCCAACAACAAGAUAAGGAAAUAAAAAAAUUGAAACUGAACAAAGAAUUGGCUUACGCACAUGUGAGUGACACUCAGUUGGAAAAAUACGAAGAAAUAUUAAAAUGUAAAGAUGAACAUAUUAAGGAUUUGGAAAGCAAAAUAAGAGAAUUACAGAAAAAUAUACAGAAUGAAGAUGACACCGGAAAUCUCCAACAAUUACUUACACGACGUUUGCAAGGAUUAGCAUAUUUUUUGGAUAAAUUGUUAUCACACAAAUGCGUACUUGGAGAAGACAAGAAAAAAUUAGCUGAAAGUAUAUUAGAACAAAGUUUAGCCUUGCCUGUUGGUUUGAAAUUAGAUGAAUCAAUGGCUCCUGAAGAAUUCACAAUGGAUGAAAGUAAUCUUGAUAUAUCGCAAUCAUUGAGGAUUGAAGAUUUAACAAUAAUGUUUGGUCAUCAUGUCACAUGCAGUGACGAAAACAGAUAUUCCUCUCGAAAGCCUCUGAAACUUUUUCCACAAGCUGAUGUUAUAUCUGAAUCUGAAUGCUGGUCAGAACCAGAUAGGAAUGUAUCGCUCGCUAGAGUAGGACUCUGUGAUACGGGAGUAGCUGCCAGAGAAUCAACUUCAGAGAACAAUAGAUUUCGCUCGAGGCGUUCCAAAUUGUCUUAUGGGUCACGUUCCGAUGAUAAUAAAACCACUAAUGAAUCUGCUUUACUCGACGAAAUAAAUCAACUAACACAACGAAAUGAGUUAUUAGAAGAAGAAAAUAAUGAUUUAAACAAUAAGUUGGAAUUUGCAAAAAAACAAAUCGGUGAACUUAUAACAGAAAAAGAUGAAUUAAAAGAAAGUUUAAUCAGUGAACGUACAAAUACUGGUGACUUAAAUAAAAAAUUAGAAAUAACAAACAACACUUUGAUGAGUAUGGAAUUAAGGAUAAAAGAUCUAGAACAGCAGUAUAAUGAAGCUGUACAAUUAAAUGAAAAAUUACGAGUGGAGAGACAGGAAUUAGAAUCAACCUAUUUAGAAACGGAAAGAGCAUUAAGACGUGCUGCUGAUGAAGCGACGGUUCAAGCUUCUCAGGCCGCUUUAGAGAGAGCACGCGCUCAACAUGAUCGAUUACGUAUUGAACGUGAAUUGGAGGAGACACGUGAGAAAUUAGCUAAUACGCUGGAAGUUAAUGCUCAAUUAGAAAUAGAAGCCACACGCAAAAUAGCUCUAGAAGCUGAUAAUAAGAUUGAAAUUGUGCAUGAAGUUCUUCACUCAGAAGAAGACCGGCCUACGUCUCCCGACUUAGGAAUCGAUAGCGACAGACUAUCAAGCCUUGAGCAAAAUGAUGCUGUUACGUUAUCACCGCGUUCCUUAUACGAAGAAAACCAGACAUUGAAACAAAAACUUGCAAGAACUAAAGCAACACUAGCAGAAACUUUAGCACAAUUAAAUGCUGCUAAUUUGAGAAAAAGGAGUGUCCAGCGCGCAAUUUGUAGAGAAAUACAUAAAACACAUGGUGUGCUACGAAAAGCACGAGAUCAAUUUGAAAGCCAAAAUUAAACUUUGUACUUAAUACAAUCUAAUUUGCAGAAUUACAUUUGUGAAAGAAUUUACUAAAUACCCAAUAGACAUAUACAUCUUGACAUGUUCUGUGAUUUUAGUGUUUUGUGUUAAGUUAUAAGAUAGGAUGGUAUUUUAUGUCUAUUAUGUAAUAUAAAUAUAAUAUUAACUUUUUUUCUAAUACAGCAAAAGAUUGUGAGCACUUUAAGGUUUAAUCUUAGACCACUAAUCACACGAACAGUAGAUCGUCUAUCGACAGGAAAAUGUACCAUUUUAUGCGAGUACGCUAGUAAUGAAAAUUAUUAUUAAUAUUUUUAUAAUUUUACGUCACUGACGUUAUGACAUGAUAUCUUGAUCAUAACGACAGUGAUGCAAAAUACUGGGCAUUAACCGAUAGCUACCUAUUAAUUACUUCUAGAAUCUAAUUCUUAUAUUUUUUAUUUAUAUAUCAAUCAAAAUAAAGUAUUGUGUUCACUAUAUAUAUGUACAUAUAUUAGGCAGACCUAAAUUUCAAUAUCGUACACAGGUGACUACAAAGAUAUGAAUACCUUAAACUGCCUUAUGACAAUAUUGAUGUUACAAAUUCAAUUCCUAUUUUGAUUUAAUAAGGCUAUUAAGAUUUAUACAUAUUUUUUAUGUCGACUGUAGGUACUACACGAUAAAGCCACUUAAACAUUAUUAAAGACAUUUAAAGACAUUAUUAACAAUAAUGCAUGUUAUUAUGUUGCAAAAUAUCCUUAAUAUUUUGCGACGUAACAUGCAUUAUUGUUAAUAAUGUCACGUUAAUACUUCAAAAUAAUGCGUUAUAUGCAAAAUACCUAUAUACAAAAUAAAAAGCAAUCACGAUAAAUUUUAUAUGAGACCGAACCAGGAGGAAAAUCUAUAAUAACAUUACAAUAAAAAUUAAAAUCUUAUUUGUAUAAAAAAAAUAUUUGAAACUUCUGUUGCGAUACAACAAAGAAAGGUGUGCAUACAUAAAAUUUGUUACUUUAAAAUUAGCUUGUUUCUUGUUGUUAUAUUUAAAAUAUCUGUAUAUUUUAAAUAUACUAUCAGGACUUAACACAAUGAAAAAACCAACAUUACAAUUACAAUUACAAAUACCUACAUACAUACCUGUUUUUUAUUGCCGACUUUUAGAUAUGGAUUACACCACGUUGACUUUUUUAAAUUGCUUUAUUUCCCUAUAGCGUAUUUAAAAUAUACAAAAUUAUAAUUUAUAAAUUACAUUAUUGGCAUGUUAGUGUUUGCAUUUUAUACUUCUUAUUUUACAUUUGCAUGUUACGUUGCAUAUUUGUAUGCCCCGUGAGACUUAAACAAGGACAAAAGAAGUAAAGCUUGUAUGUAAGUAUAAUAUGUUUGAAUUAUUUAUCUUGCUUUAUGGAGUAUUCUGAAUUUUAUUUAAUAAUAAAUGUAAAAUUAAA